AUGGAUGAAAUUGCCCCCGAGUACGAUGUGGUCGUGCUAGGCACUGGCCUUACUGAAUGUGUUCUCUCUGGUGUUCUGAGUGUUAAGGGCAAGAAGGUGCUUCACAUUGAUCGCAACGACCACUAUGGCGGCGAAGCGGCCUCUGUCAAUAUCGAAACGUCUAAUAUCCUGCAGCUUUUCAAAAAAUACGGCAACGUUCGACCCGGCGAUGAACCAUGGAAGAAGUAUGGCCGUGUGAACGACUGGAACGUGGACUUGAUCCCCAAGUUGCUUAUGUCCAAUGGAGAAUUGACCAACAUCUUGGUCUCCACCGAUGUCACAAGAUAUUUGGAAUUCAAGCAGAUUGCUGGAAGUUAUGUCCAACAGGGACAGGGCCCCAAAGCAACCGUCGCCAAGGUCCCUUCGGAUGCUGGCGAGGCACUUCGUUCUUCUCUCAUGGGUCUUUUUGAGAAGAGACGGGCAAAGAAGUUCCUGGAGUGGGUCGGCGAGUUCAAGGAAGAUGACCCCAGCACCCAUCAAGGUCUCAACCUGUCCGCUGCCACAAUGAAGGAUGUCUACGAUAAAUUCGGAUUGGAGGCGACAACUCGUGACUUCGUUGGCCAUUCGAUGGCUCUAUUCCCAUCGGACGAAUAUAUUGAAGCCCCCGGACGAGUGAUAGAGACUAUUGAGCGUAUCCGCUUGUAUGUUAACUCGAUGGCCCGCUACGGAAAGUCUCCCUACAUCUACCCGCUUUAUGGACUUGGAGAGCUGCCACAGGGUUUUGCACGUCUAUCCGCUAUUUACGGCGGUACUUAUAUGCUCAACACGAGUGUCGAUGAGGUCCUAUACGACGAGGCCGGCAAAGUGUCCGGUAUCCGAGCAACCAUGAAGGAGCGUGACGAGGCUGGCGAGGGCAUGAAGUUCACCACAAAGACCACCAAAAUCAUUGCCGAUCCUUCUUAUUUCCCCGGCAAAGUUAAGAUCACUGGAUAUGUCAUCCGUGCUAUCUGCAUUCUGAAGCACCCCGUUGAUAAGACCGACGGAAGCGAUUCGCUUCAGCUUAUCAUUCCGCAAUCACAGGUUGGACGCAAGCACGAUAUCUACAUUGCCGUUGUAUCCUCAGCACAUAACGUCUGCCCCAAGGGCUACUAUGUGGCCAUUGUCUCAACUAUCGCCGAGAACGAAGCAAACCACCACGUGGAGCUGGAGCCCGGUUUUCAGAGACUUGGUCAAAUUGAGGAGAAAUUCAUGGGCCCAGCAAUUCCUUUGUACGAGCCUGUCGACGAUGGCAAGAAGGACAAUGUUUUCAUUUCCAAGAGCUACGACGCUACUUCACACUUUGAGACAACGACUGAUGACGUCCGUGACAUUUACGAGCGUGCCGAAGGUCAUGAGCUUAUCGUUGAGGGUCUUCGCGAAGGCCAGAACCUUGUUGGAGAAGAAUAA